AUGAGCAUGGCCUCUCCAGACUGCACUGUUAAAUGCAGAUCACUCCAACAUGCGGAGGAAGUAGUGGCAGCACUAACGAGUGGCACAGAGGGUCAGCUAGGCGCCUUUUUGUCCACUCAUUGUCACAAUGCAGCCACACUGCGAGAUGCCUUUGGACGCACUGCUCUGCACAUGGCUGCUUCACUGGGGAAGCGGCCUGUCUUGGAGUGGCUGCUGGAGAGCAAAAGAGCAGAUCUUCUGGCCAAGGAUAAAGAGUCUGGCUGGACUGCUCUGCAUCGCAGUGCUUUCUAUGGACAAAUCCACUGUCUCAUCUCAUUAGUGAAGCAUGGUGCGCUUCUAACCACCCAAGACAAAGAAGGCUUCUCUGUAUUGGACCUUACAAUGAAGGACCGUCCAGCACAUGUGGUGUUUAAAAAAAGCGACCCAACAGAGGCAUACACUUGGGGAUACAACACUAAUUUCAGCCUUGGUCAUGGUAAUCAGGAGAGCCGGCAUCACCCUGAGCUUGUAGAUGUGUUUGCCAGGACAGGAGUUUACAUCAAGCAGGUGGUCCUUUGCAAGUUCCACAGUGUGUUCCUGUCCCAGAAAGGCCAGGUGUUCACUUGUGGACAUGGUCAAGGAGGACGACUUGGUCAUGGAGAUGAACAGACUUAUAUGGUUCCUCGAGUGGUGGAAGGUCUCAUGUCUCAUCAUUGCUCUCAGGUGGCAGCAGCCAAAGACCACACAGUGGUUCUGACAGAGGAAGGCUAUGUUUACACUUUUGGCCUCAACACUUUUCAUCAGCUUGGUCUUUCCCCACCUCCUGCCUCUGCCCAUGUCCCCAAACAGGUGUUUUCAAAAGCUCUCAAAGGGCGAACUGUGAUUGGAGUUGCCGCUGGCAGGUUUCACACUGUGUUCUGGACAAGGGAGGCAGUCUUUACAAUGGGACUUAAUGGAGGGCAACUUGGUUAUUUACUGGACCCCAAUGGUGAGAAGUGUGUGACUGCACCGCGGCAGGUCUCUGCUCUUUAUCACAAAGAUGUUGGCAUUGCCAUGGCAGCUGCCAGUGAUGGUGCGACAGUGGUUGUGACAGAGAAAGGUGAUGUUUAUUUAUUGGCUGAAUACCAGUGCAAGAAACUGGCUUCCAGGCAGUUGAACAUCAAAAAGGUGUUGGUUACUGGAGGUACUCUUGAUCACCGAGUGGAUUCACAGUUACUACGGGAGACGGGAGGAGAGAAAGUGACCAUUUUGGCUCUGGAUGAAGCAGGAAGGGUGUUUUGUUGGCGGUUCUCUAGCUGCUUGGUGCGACAGUGCCGCUGGGCGUAUACUCGACAGGUUUUCAUGUCUGACAUUGCUCUCAGUAAGAAUGGCCUCAUGUUUGUGACCCAUGACGGGGAGGCCUUCAGCGGCACUUGGGCUGGAGAAUAUAAGAAGUUUGAAGAGAAAAAAGAGAGCUGUGUGGAGGGUUGUGGCCAAACGGGAACAUUCCAUGAGAAGAUUCGCCUGGAAAGACUUCCCUUCGUUCACAGAGCCGUGAGCGUCACUAUGGACUCUAAAGGCCAAAAUUAUGGUGUGCUACAAGUUGACCCCAAAACUAGCUUGUAUGAGAUUCCAAGCUUAUCCCCAUCCUCCUUCUCCGAGCACUUCCGAAGACUCCUGGGCGAGGCUGAUGAAACAGAUAGCAUUCAUGAUGUCACUCUUCAAGCCGGAAACCGCACCUUUCCCGCUCACAAAUUCAUACUCUCCACACGGUCAGAGUUUUUCCAAAAACUCUUUUCCGUGCACCGCCAAUCAAUUGAAAAGGAGGAACUUGAAAAAGAAAUCGGCAGAAGCGAAGAUGCAGUUGGCUGUGAUUUGAUUACUUUUCAAAAGAUUACCCCUGAAAUGCUGGAAUACACUCUGCAGUUCAUCUACACAGACUCCUGUGAGCUGCUAAUACCUGGGUCUCGGCCGUGGAUGCCAGAAGUACUCAAAGAACAAAACAAGGAUGCAGAACAGAGCAGGCUUAUCAGCGGACUGCAGGAAUUGGACUUGCGUGGCCGUUCAGCCCUCGAGGUCUAUAACUCCCUGACUUCCACAACCAGAAAAGAUGGUGACAAGACUAAAGCAAAAGGCUCCAAGGCAAACAAAAAGCCCAAAGGAAACAAAGCACCAGGCACCGAGGGCAACUAUAAUCCUGUGAAGGCCUUGCAAGGGGUGGCAAAGAAGCUUGGACUGGGAGGUUUAUCUGCACGACUGGAUGGAGUCAAAUAUGAUCAUGGGAAGAUUAAUGUCGUGCAGAAGAAAACCAGCAGCAAAUUUAAAUUCAACCAGAGAAAAUGCUCCUAUCUGUGUGAUGUCACACUCAAGGCUGAAGAUGGAAAAGAGUUUCCUUGUCACAAAAGUGUCCUGUGUGCAAGACUAGAGUACUUUAACAGUAUGCUGGGAAACCCCUGGAUUGAGGCGACAUCUUGUUGUGCCCUGGAGAUGCCAACAAGCUCAGAGAUCCUUCAGGUCAUCCUUGAAUACCUUUACACGGAUGAAUCUCCCACUAUUAAAGAGUCUCUGAAUGUGGAGUUCGUGUGCAAUGUGCUGGUAGUGGCCGACCAGCUUCUCAUCACACGACUGAAGGAGAUGUGUGAAAUUGCCAUCACUGAAAACUUAACUCUGAAGAACGCCGCCGAGCUCUUGGAGUUUGCUGCCAUGUACAACGCGGAUCAGCUCAAACUCUCCUGCCUCCAGUUCAUUGUACUGAACAUCAGUGCUCUCCUGGACUUGAAAGCUCUGGAUAUUCUCAGUGAUGAAGUGCUUGUGAACCUCACCAAAGCCUACAGACAGAUGAUACCAGCGAUGCAGAGAAGAAUCAUCACCCCGUACCCUGGGGCUCCUGAUCUCAGUUUGUAUGAAGAAGAUCUGGACUUAAUUUUCACCCCUAAAUCUGAGACAGAAGGAGAUGGCUUGUGCAGAGACUUAUUAUUGAAGAAAGCAAAGAUUAAGGCUAAAAAGAAACCAAGACGUCGGUCAGACAGCUCAGGCGGCUACACUCUCUCAGAUAUAAUUCAAAGUCCUCCUACUGCAGCGCCAACGCCAUGCUUUGUGAAGAGCCAAAAGACUAACUCCAUAGAGUCCUUGCCGGAGCUACUCACUUCAGACUCUGAAGGCAGUUACAUGGGUGCGGCCAGUCCUCGGGAGAUCCAGUCUCCUGUUUUCCACAACAAGCCAGAUGGUAAAAAGCUGUUCACCCAAAAACUGAAGACUCCGCCCAGUACUCCAAUUUCACUGAAGAAUGGCCCCUUAACCCCACCCAACUCCACUCUUCACAACAUCUCAAAAGUCAUUCCCAGUUUGCACGACUCUCGUCCGACACCAGUUAUGGAUCUGAGAGCUAUUAUGGACAUGGAAGCUAAUUCUCAGAUUGUUCUUGGAGCGACACCGAAAAGCAAUGGAAGCGUUAAGCAAUCUCCAUCCAUGACAAAACUGUCCCAGAAACAGAGGAAGAUGUUGGCUAUGGCCAACAAGGAGCCUGUCGUAGAGGCCACAGCAUCCAAACCAAAGCCGAUCGUCGCUCCCUCCAAAGCUGUUGGAAAGGCCUGGGCUACAGCCAUUCAGUCCCCUCCAUCUUCAAGCUCUUUCCGGGCUCUGCUGGAGGAGGAGGAAAAGCAGCUGGUCUCCCCUGUGAGCACCAACUCUGCUCCAAAGAGGGUCUCGUUUAAAUGUGCAGAGACCAGCGAGCAGGACAAACCGACAGGGCCCUGGGUGCUGCGGACUGUCGGAAGCCCUCCCCCCGUCACCACUGCCACGAUGACCUUUGCCUCUAUCGUGGAGGAAGAGCGGCAGCAGGAAGCUGCACUGAUCCGCAGCCGAGAGAAGCCGCUGGCGCUCAUCCAGAUUGAGGAGCGUGCCAUCCAAGAGCUCCUGUUGCAAUAUCAUGCUUGGGACAACCCUGACGAGAUGAUUGUGGUGGAGAGGGCUUCCAGCAUCCCUGUGGCCGCCCCCAUGUGGAACAAGCACUGA